AUGUUAAUUUUUGAUAAUAUAAAAAUAAAAGAAAAGGAAUAGAAAAUCAUUAUUUUUUUUUAAAUCAUAAAUUGCACUUAGCACAUUAACAAAUAGGUAUCAUUAACAUGUAUAUCUCCUCAUAAUUGUUAAUGUUAAAGGAAACUGUGUAUUGAAUGCCUUUAUGCUCAUGGAGUGGAUAUAAUCAAAUAAACAGUUCUAAUUGGUAGAUUUGGAGAAAUUGUUAUAAAAAACUUAAAGAAUCUAAGAUAGAUGACAAAUCUGAAUUAACCAAAUAAAGAAUGA